AGGAUGUGAUCUUUGUCCCCACAGCCCCGCCGGUGCUGUGCAGAAGUGAGGGUCUGAGGCGGUGCUGUGCUCAGCGCUCCCUGCAUCUUUGCUGCCGCUGAUCUCUGUUGCAGUGGAGGCUGCAAGGCAGGGCACCAGCCUGAGUGCCUGGGACCAGCAGGAGCAGACUGUCCGUGGUGUGAGGAUCAAGGGUGAUCAGGAGAGCCACCACCACCACCACCACCACCUUGCUGCUGGCAUCUCCAGCCAUAAAGGAAAGGGAAAGUUUGAGUGUAGGAAGACUUGAGACAGCAGGUCCACUAGACACAGCCUUGUACACACCCGUGAAGAAAACCAUGACUACCAAGAGUGUGGGAAAAGACUCCCUGGGAAGGGUGACCUCACCAAGUACACCCACACACUCUAGAGGAAGACCUCAUGAAUGCCGUGAGUGUGGCAAAAAGUUCAGUCGGAAGAGGGACUUCAACACACACACCCUUACACACACUGGUGAAAGACCUCAUGAAUGCCGUGAGUGUGGUAAAAAGUUCAGUAGGAAGUGUGACCUCAAGAAACACACUCUUACACACACUGGUGAAAGACCUCAUGAAUGCCGUGAGUGUGGCAAAACGUUCAAUCAGAAGGGUAACCUCAACACACACACCCUUACACACACUGGUGAAAGACCUCAUGAAUGCCGUGAGUGUGGCAAAAUGUUCUGCAGUAAGAGUGACCUCAAGAAACACACCCUUACACACACUGGUGAAAGACCCCAUGAAUGCCGUGAGUGUGGCAAAACGUUCAAUCAGAAGGGUAACCUCAACACACACAGCCUUACACACACUGGUGAAAGACCUCAUGAAUGCCGUGAGUGUGGCAAAAUGUUCUGCAGUAAGAGUGACCUCAAGAAACACACCCUUACACACACUGGUGAAAGACCUCAUGAAUGCCGUGAGUGUGGCAAAACGUUCAAUCAGAAGAGUAACCUCAACACACACAGCCUUAUACACACUGGUGAAAGACCUCAUCAAUGCCGUGAGUGUGGCAAAACGUUCAAUCAGAAGCGUCACCUCAUCGCACACACCCUUACACACACUGGUGAAAGACCUCAUGAAUGCCGUGAGUGUGGCAAAAAGUUCAGCAGGAAGAGUGACCUCAAGAAACACACCCUUACACACACUGGUGAAAGACCUCAUGAAUGCCGUAAGUGUGGCAAAAAGUUCAGUGAUAAGAGUAACCUCAACACACACACCCUUAGACACACUGGUGAAAGACCUCAUGAAUGCCAAGAGUGUGGCAAGAGGUUCAUUUCUAUGUCUGUGUUGAACACGCACAUCUUCAGACACUCUGGCUUGAGAGAGUUCAAGUGUGAUGUUUGUAAGAAACAUUUCAAGACCAAGCAGGAUAUUGCUCGGCACAUGAAGAUCCACUUCCCCUGAGGUGUUGUGUUGUGCUGCUGUAAGUGUUAUGCACGGAACUUUCCAUAUGACUCAAGAAUCACGUGACAGUACAAUUCUGUAUAGCUUGCACUUCUCUCUGCCAUCAGUGGUCAGUUACAGGCUGGCAGCCGCGACAUCCACACGUUUGUCACUUGUCUUGUCCGCUGUUUGUAUACACCGUUCUUGUUGU